AUGGGUCAUCAUCAUCAUCAUCACGGUCAUUAUGAAGAAAUUACUUAUACUACAACCCCAGUUUAUGGAGCUCAAGUUGUUCAACCAAUUUCUCCAGUAGUAGGUAUUCAACCAAUUUAUGGUCAACCUCCAAUAGUUCAACCAAUUUAUGGCCAACCUCCAGUAGUUCAACCAAUUUAUGGUCAACCACCAGUAGUUUAUCCACAAACCACAACUAUUGUCUAUGAAACUGAUAACCACCAUCAUGGCCAUCACCAUCACCACCAUGGUCAUUUCUUUUAA